CCCUGUUGCCGGCCGGGCGGGGUGGGUCAGCGACUGCCCGAUGGGGAGCGGUGAGGGGGUGGGGGCGGUCACUUCAAGAACCAGGACUGGGGGGCUGGCUGGGGGGACGGUCGCACGCCGCCGCAGCUCUGAUUCAGAGGUUAGGAAUUUGCAUCUGAUUGCCUCUGUCGCCCAAUGAUUCGUUCGUGGGGCGGGGAGCCCGCCCGGGGCCGCGGGGGGGGGAAGGGGGGGGCGGCGAGAUACUGCGCGCCAGGAGAAAUUUACCAAUCCGGCCAAAUCGGGGUGGGGGGGGUCGGGGUGGGGGGGCGCUGGAGCGCGCACGAUCUGCAGGGCAGGCAAGCAGGAGGCAGGCGGAGAGCGGCCAGGCCAGCCGGGGCCGGGAGAGCCGGAGCAGCCCGAGGGCGGCGCGGGACGGACUGACGGACUGGCGGACUGGCGGACUGACGGACGGGCGGGCGGGCGGGGCAUGAGCCGCCCGGGAGCACGACAGGUUCUCAGAAGUUCCUGGAUGAAACAGGCCUGAGCCAGGUUGAGGCAAAUAGGACUUGCUGACCUCAACCCCCUGGCCCUGCUGCUGGUGGCGAAGGACACUCCCCAGCCUCGCUCUAUCACGGGAAUCCUCCAGGGGAUGUCCAGCUGAGUAACCGCCUGAGGCCGAAGGGCUGGCUCCUGGUGACCUCUGGGCUUGUGUCCCGGCCAGGGACUGGCCCAGAGUCAGUGGAAGAGGAUAGCCCAGCCUGGCCCUUCUCCCUCCUUUCGCUGCCAUCGAAGCCCCCCCCAUUCGCCACGCUGCAGUGCGGCCCGCCCGCCCCCCGGCGCCUCCCCCCUUCCCCGCCGGGCCCUGCCCUGCCGCCCCCCUGUCCCCGGGCCCUUCCAGCCCCUGGCAGAAGGCGGACAGCCAUGAAGCUCCACGCGGUGAUGGAGAAUCUUCUGCAGCGGCAGCAGCGGGCCCGGCAGGAGAUGGAGGCCCGGCAGCAGGCGCCAGAGCCGCCGGGGCCCGCCGUGCCCCCGGGGCCCGGUCCCAACGCUGACGACGGGGAGCCAGAGAGCAUGCGCAUGCAGCGGGCCCAGAUGGCGGCUUUGGCGGCCAUGCGGGCAGCGGCUGCCGGUCUGAGCCAGGCCCCGAGCCCCGGAGGCUCGGAGGGGAGCCCGAUGUCCGGCGACGAGGAGGAUGAGGAGGAGAUAGAGGAGGACGAGGUAGCCGCGGUCCCACCUGCACGGGCAGAUGAGCCAGCCCACGGGACGGAGGGCAGCCACGGACGCUUCCAGGAGCUGGUCUCAGAGGAGGAGGAGGAGAUGAAACAAAAAUGGGAGGAAGAAGACUUUGACGAAGAUCCUGGGGAGGAGGAAGAAGAAGAAGAGGAGGAAGAGGAGGAGGAAGAUGAUUAUGAGGAAGAAGAGGAGGAGCUCGGAGAGGAGGGGAUAGGUCCGGCUGGCCGGGCCAGGCUGGGCACCGGCUCCCUGCUCCCCCGGAAGCCACCAGCUCCCCAGCCCUUCCUGGGGGAUGCGUCCCGGAUGCUGGGGGGUCAGGAUCGCUUGGCUCCAGGACUCACCCACCCAGGCACCUCUCAGCUCCCACCUCAGCCUCAACCCCCUGACCACGGGGACUGGACGUAUGAAGAGCAGUUUAAACAGCUGUAUGAACUGGAUGGGGACCCCAAGAGGAAAGAAUUUCUGGAUGACCUCUUCAGUUUCAUGCAGAAACGAGGGACUCCAGUGAACCGGAUCCCCAUCAUGGCAAAGCAGGUCCUGGAUUUGUACAUGCUCUAUGUGUUGGUGACCGAGAAGGGUGGCCUGGUCGAAGUGAUCAACAAGAAGCUCUGGAGGGAGAUCACCAAGGGCCUCAACCUGCCCACAUCCAUCACCAGUGCUGCCUUCACCCUGCGGACACAAUACAUGAAAUACCUGUAUCCCUAUGAAUGUGAGAAGCGUGGGCUGAGCAACCCCAGUGAGUUACAGGCAGCCAUCGACAGCAACCGGCGGGAGGGCCGCCGACAGGGCUUUGGGGGCUCCCUCUUUGCCUACUCUCCAGGAGGAGCCCACAGCAUGCUCUCCUCACCCAAGCUGCAGGUGGCCCCCCUGGCACUGUCGGCCAAUAGCAAUGGAGGAGCCAUCGCCCCGACCCAGAAGAUCAAAAAAGAGGAGGAUUCUUCCAUUCCCAUCACGGUGCCCAGCCGUCUCCCUGUCUCCCUGGCAGGCCACUCCGUGGUGGCAGCCCAGGCAGCAGCUGUGCAGGCAGCUGCAGCCCAGGCGGCCGUGGUGGCCCAGGCAGCUGCUCUGGAACAGCUGCGGGAGAAGCUGGAGUCUGGGGAGCCUCCGGAGAAGAAGAUGGUCCUGGUGGCAGAUGAGCAACAGAGACUGAUGCAGCGAGCCCUGCAGCAAAACCUUCUGGCCAUGAGUGCCCAGCUGCCCAUGAGCAUCCGGAUCAAUAGCCAAGCAUCAGAGAAUCGCCAAGACUCAGCCAUGAACCUAGCCAGCACCAAUGGCACCAACAGUAUUAGCAUGUCCGUGGAAAUCAACGGUAUCAUGUAUACAGGGGUGUUAUUUGCUCAGCCUCCAGGCACAGCAGCCACUGUUCCAGCCUCCACUCACAACAAAAGUGGCAGCAAUAGUAGCAGCAGCAGCAGCAGCAGCAACAGCAGCAGCAGCAGCAGCAGCAGCAGCAGCCGGGGAGGGCCGGGCGCAGGGCCUGGCAGCGGAGGCGGCAGCAACAACAACGGCAACAGCAGUGGAGGCGGCGGCGGCGGCGGCAGCGGCAGCGGCUCUCAGGCUGGGGCAGCGGGUCUGUCUGUCCCUCCAGCUUCUACCUCGAAUAACUCUUUGCCUUAAGCUGCCAAGAGGGCUUAGCCUGCCCCCCUCCUCUCUCUCUCGCUCAUUCCCUUUCUCACCCACUUGCUGAGCCCCCUGGACUGGUGGGGUGGGGGUGGGAAAGGGAGACCCCAAGAAGGGGUGAGCAAGGGAGGAACGGGGAGUGGGGGGGUGGGGAGAAUACGCCGGGGAAGGGAGAUCAAAAACAGGGAGCUAGAGCUGACACCCCAAGAUAGAUACACACAUACCAGGAAAUCUAUAAAGAGAAUUGAAUAAAACCAGGGGAAAAGAGAAGGAACACUUGAAUUUCUCCAGGUUUCGGACCCUCCAAGAAAUGGAUCAUCAGGAGAAAGAGAAGGGGAAAGUAGGGAAAGGGGAAGCUAAAGAGACUUUUCAUAAUCCCCAAGGGACUAAGCUGGGUCCGUGGGGAUUCAGGUUUUUUAAUCAGUUGCUUUGUAGAUUCAACACUGUUUACCUCACACAUACCCUGCACUCUUUUUAUAAUUUCUAUUGUCAUCGACCCACGUUCAUCAUACCCAGCUCCUUGGUUCCACAGUAAGCCCUGAGCCUAGAGCAGAGAAGUCUUUGUUGGUGAUUUGGGGGAAUGGGGGAGAGGGAGGGGGGGAAGGGGCGAGAAGAAUUGUUUUUGUAAAGACAUAACUACACUCAAACUAUACGGGGGUUUUUAAGAGGUAUUUGACUUUUGUUUUGAGGUGGUUUUUUUUUGUAAAUAAUCUAUUUUAUUCUCUAAGAAAAAAAUCAAACUUAGGAAAAAAAUACAUAUAUAUAUAUUCGUAUUUGUUCAGGGAAACUGAACUUGAAAAAAAAAGAAAAAAAUGUUUAAUAACCUUUUUAUUAAUCCCUUUCCCUUUUCCUACCCCUUACUAUGAUUAAUUUUUUUUUUGUGAAUUUCCUAUGAUGCUUUGCUGUUCACAAGCUGGGGAUGCUUGGUGAUCCUGGAAGUCUCCAGGGGCUGACUUCUCCCAGAGAUGAUUAACUCAGGUGCUGUAGUUGGGAUUGGGAGGGGGGCGGGGCGGGGAGGGACUUAUGAUUCUGUUGGAGUGGAGAGGGGCAAGAGAGGAAGGCAGGUAGCACAAUUUCAGGCGCCGGUAGAGAGGGAAACAGCACCCUGUUGCCCUCUGUCCCUUUGGGGAAAGGUGUCUUUUGAUCCUAUUUCCUUUAGGGAGAUAAGGAGUUUCUAAGGCAGGGAAUCCGUUUUUGCCACUAAAUAUACCCUCCUCUCUCCCUCCCCUGCUCUUUGUAGAAACAGUACAACUAAGCUCAGGCCAGAAGUUGGGCAAGAGGAUCUCAGUGGAUCCAUCUUAGUUUCUCUUCUGCAGGAAAGAGUGAUCCAGAAAAGGACCGAACCUUCUCCUUCCCAUGUCCUUUCCUCCUAUCUUUCUCCUUGCAUGAAUAGCACAGGACAGAGAGGUCACCCCCGCUUUUGUCGGACUCAGAGGGUCCCUGGAGCCACUCAUUUCUAGGCUAGGAUUGGGAGGAAGAAGAAUGGGCACAUGCUGGAAAGACUAGGAACAGUGGCACUGGCUGUGGGCAGAGCCUGAGCUUGACAUGGUACCCAGCCCAAAAGAGGGGCUAAGUUUUUGUUGAAUCAGUUGCCUAGAGACUGAUUUCUGGAUCUGGGGACUGAGCCAUCUUUCCCAAAAUACCUUUUGCCAUUCUGCCCCGACUGUGGGCCCUCUUUGCCCACGGACCUUCUUUAUCCACCCUCCGCCAUCCUUCUUCAGCAUGGGAACAGCUGGGUCUCCAGCCAGCUGCCCACUGCUCUUGCGUUGACAAUGAAUGCGUGCCCCGUAGCCAGGGAGGGGAGCAGAGAGCCCUUCACCCUGCUUCCGUUAGAGAGUACCCCAUUACCAAAAGGAAAGCACUUGAAAGAUGAGGAAAAGGGGGAUAAACUGGUGCCUCUGCUGGGGAGCAGGGGAGACUUCCAGGAGUCACUGCCAUGAGAGGGAGAACACUCAGCUCUGUCACUGGGGCAGAUGAGGGCAUCCCAUUCCCGAUAAAAGACUUCAGAUUAGCUAGCUCAGUCUUAUUCAAAAGAGGGCCAAAGAGCCACUGAGGAGAGUCUCCUCCAGUACAUCAAACCAAUCAUGUCAUUCAAUAAACAUUAAGCAUCUACUAUGUGCUACGGGCUAAGGAUGUAAAAAAAAAAAACAAAAAAAACUAAGAAACAUUUCCUGCCCUCAAAGAAUUCUUUCUCUGUCAGGCCCAGAUACAAAAAAAAAAAAAUCUAUUUUUCAGGGUCCUAGCCCAUCUCCCUCUAGUCUCACCAACACCUAACUCCUGCUGCAAGAUCUCCCCAAAGAGGACCCUGGAGCUUUUCACAGACUUUGUGGUAGAAAAUAGCUUUCCAGACCCCAGGUAGAUCUCUGUUUUUCCUUGCACUUGAUUUUGAUUUCUCCAGAGGGGAAAUUAAGUAGUUGACACCCCCUGACACAGCUCCCCUCUCCCCCCACUUUUGUCCCUGGGGGGGGCCUUCUCAGGUCUCUGCCUUCCUGCCCAUAAUUGGGCCCAGUAGGCUAAGUUUUACCCACGGUUGGGGGUGGGGGGAGACAGUGGUUUGCUCAGAGCCUGUGAGAUGGGGGAAAGGUUUAACCUAUCAGUCUGGCUAUGUUUGUCUUCCUUCAGAAAGGGAGAAAGAACUAUAGACCGGGAAAAGUGGGUUGGGUGAAGAAAAUCUAAUUCUGAAUAGAAAAGGGGGGAAGCCUAGAAAAUGCUGAUACCCCUCUCUGCUCCCUGAGGCUCUUUCUCUGCUUCUCCUUCAGGCUUGAGCUAGGCACUUUAGUGACAGACAUUGGGGUAUCAUAGCAACUUGGGGUUUUUAUCUCUUCUAAAACUUCUACAAAAAAUAAUAAAUCUCUGGGUGAUGAACUCCCGAACUGGGGUACCUUAUAACCCCUUCCUCCUCACCCCUGCUAAUUCUCCCUCAGAACCCCUGUUCUCCCUCAGACCUGGUUAGAAAGUGUUUUUUAAACCUGCCUGUCUACUGUUCUUUUUCCCUCCCUUCCUCCCUCUUUCCCUCUCUCCCUCCCUUUCUUCUUUCCUCCUGCCCUCCCUUCUUUCCUUCCUUCCCUCUCUCCUCUCCUCCACUCCCCUUCUCUCUUCCUUCCCCCCUUCUUCCCUUCACUUCCUCUCUCCUUCCCUCUCCCUCCCUUUCUUCUUUCCUCCUGCCCUCCCUUCUUUCCUUCCUUCCCUCUUUCCUUUCUUCCACUCCUUCUCUCUUCCUUCCCUCCCUUCUUUCCUCUCUUCUUCCCUUCACUCCCUUCCUUCCUUCCUUCCUUCUCUCCUCUCCUUCAAUUCCCUUCCUUCCUUCCUUCUUUCUUCUUCCUUCCUCCACUUCCUUCCUUUCCUCUCCUUUUUCUCAGGGCCUCCCUACUCCCUGAAGUCCCCAAGAGCCUCCAGCAACACGAUUUCCCAAGGUGGCUCCAGAAACAAGUGGAGGGAGAAUUCCUUUGGCUUCAAGGAAGCAGCCCAAAACCUAGACUUUUCUCUUUUUUAUUCAGAUGCCUGAACCCCAGAAUGGGUCCUAAUUGGGAGGAAGGCAUGAGGUCAGUUUCCUUAUACUAAACAGGAAUCUUUUUGAUUUUAGAUGUCUGAAUAAAGGCUUAGCUGGCUAGAAAGCUGUUUCCUACUCUGUGAAGGGACCAAAACACACACCCCACUUGAGUCCCUUAGCCACUGUUUUGGCAGGAAACCUGAGAGGGCUUGCUCAGACUUCAGGGGAGGAUGCAGAGGGGAGCAGCAUCAGCCUGGCCUGGGCAGCCAGGCUUUCCGGUGGGAGCAGCAGGACCAGUCUGCCCUCCUCUGUCCUAGAGUUCCCAUUUUCUCAGCCCGAAAGAACAGUUCUUCUGAUUUGCAACAUCCCCAAGCCACGCCAUCCUUGCCUCAGAAGUUUCCUCGGGGUCCCAAGACUCCACAGGGAACUGACUUCCUCAAGCCUAACUCUCUCCCACCUGCCUCCCACACAUUUCCUCUCUUUUCCCUAUCCUUUUGCUAGCUGCUCUUCGAGAUGUACCAAAAACAGUUGUAGUUAUGUUAGUCCUGUUAGGUAAUAGUGUCCAGGCUCAGGUGCCCCUUUUUGAGGGAAAGCUUUGAAAUUUUCUUUCUACCUCAUUCCUGAUAUUUAAUGCCAAAAAGAAAUAAUAGUCAUCUUCAUCCCCCUCCACCGCCUGCCCUCCCUAAGCCAGAUCAAAAGUUACCUGCAGGAACUGAGGAUCUAGGCCCCUCCGACCUCCCCAUCGCAUCCGGUCAUCCUCCUCAGCUUGGCUAUUCUAGGACGGGGUAGAGGUGCCUCAUCAGGGCUUGGAGGAGACCCCAGGCCCUCAAAGGCUCUGCCUGUAGAGUGUGUGCCUAUCAAUCUUUAAAGACUUUGAAUGUGCCCUGGAGGCAGAUCUUGUCUGCCAGCCAGGGCCAUCCAUCUUGCCAGCCAAGCACAGAGCAGUUCACCAGCAGAAGGCAGGACACUCAGUGGUGAAGUUUUUUUGGCCCUGGCCCCUCAAGGCUUUCCCUCUCCCAUACCCAUCUGGGACAGAGAAGUGGAGGAAGUCUCUGAGAGCCUUAACUGUCUAGGAAAUCCCGAGCUGCCCCUUCCCACUCUCCCCCUUCUCUAUAACUUUCCAUUCCAAAUCAAACCAUCUGCCCAUUCUUCAUCCUAGCGUGUUGCUUGUUCAAGGGGAGAGAGAACUAUAGAAGGGGGAAAAGUGGGUUGGGAGAAGAAAAUCUAUAUUAAAGUUAUAUAUAUAUUAUAUAUAGUGGAUGCGCGUGAGCGUGUGUGUGUGUGUGUGUGUGUG